UCAGCAUCUAAUUGGGCCGAGUCGUGAUGGUGGCUUCUUAACAGCGGGCCUUUCCAAACAGUCGAGGCCUCUAAAUUCUAAUAAACUGCUCACAAAACGUCCUUUGCCUCUUUAGGAUCGAACACUCCAACCUAAGAUCGGAAGAAACUCAAAGCAGGGAGAUCCAAAACAACAAUGGCGGAGGAUUUGGUACUGGACACAGCGAUUAGAGAUUGGGUGCUUAUACCGCUUUCAGUGGUCAUGGUCCUCAUCGGAGUCCUCCGUUACUUCGUAUCUAAGCUCAUGCGCUCCGACCAAACCCCCGAUCUCAAAAUCGUCAAAGAAGGGCAGUUGAUAAUUAGGGCAAGAAAUCUUCGGGCUGCGGCCAAUUUCAUCCCGGCCAGGUCGUUCCGAGCUCGCAAGCACUAUUACAGCAAUGAGGAGGAUGGUUUAUUACACGUGCCUAAGGGCCAAGGUCAGAACCCACAGGCACAGAUGUUCUCGGAUCCAAAUAUGGCUAUGGAUAUGAUGAAGAAAAAUCUCUCGAUGAUCAUUCCACAGACACUCACUUUUGCGUGGGUCAACUUUUUCUUCUCUGGAUUUGUAGCAGCAAAGAUUCCAUUUCCACUUACUCAGAGAUUUAGGGGAAUGUUGCAAAACGGUAUAGACUUGAGCACUGUGGAUGUGAGCUAUGUCAGCAGUCGCUCCUGGUAUUUUCUCAAUCUAUUUGGGCUACGAGGACUUUUUAGCCUUAUUCUUGGAGAAGAUAAUGCAACUGAUGAUACACAACGCAUGAUGCAAAUGAGUGGAUUUGGAUUCGAUCCUACAAGGAGCUUGGGAGCGGAGAAAGAUAAUCUAGACAUUGUCCAGCAUGAAUGGGCCUUGCCGAAAUUCGAGCAGCGAGCAGAAGCUGUUCUUAAGAAACUCUCGAGUGAACUAUAUAUGAUGCUGGAUGUUGAUUUAUGCAUAUGGGCCAUUAGAAAAUAUUAUGGAAAUUUAGUUCAGAGUGUUUUAAAUAUGACUGUUCCCAAUAAGAAUGUUCUGCAAGGAAAUUUUAUCUUAAUUAUUCUGUCCAACGGUUUAGGGUAUAAUUACAUUUGCUAUGGUUUGCUGGUAUUGCCACAGACGAAAGGCUUGACGCUGCCAUCGAGUUGUUGGGUCAACAAGUCACGGAGAUCAUCGCUGGAUUUGGAUGACAAAUCGAUUUCAUACGAUGUCAGCUUGCGGACUUGGCCGCGGGGUUUGACAAGAUAUGUAUGGUCGGGUAUAGCGAUCGGACGAAUCGCUCCCAUGACAAGGGACGCAGUGGGAUGCGCAGGGGUCGCGGUCGGGAUCCUCAUGGGGGCCCCGGUUCUCGGUCGCCUCACUCGCGAGUCAGAGGGAGUGACGAGGAAGACACCUUCUCCGAGUUCAACCCUUUUGGUCAUCAGACGUGAGAUGACAUCUUUUGGGUCGACGAUUGUCGACAUUCCAGAGUUCUCCUGCGGCUUGGACGCAUCGGAGUUCUCCUCGUGGAGCAGCACCUUACGCGGCAGGCUGCAGCCUCCCUUUUGCCGACAGCACGGACAGACGAGACAACCCAGACGCGACGGGAUCAGCAUCCGCGACAUUUGGUCGCCCAGCUGUAGCUCCCAUUCAACCCUUGGCCUCGUUGACUGGCCAAGCGGCAGGAGACAAACCAGCGGGGGGUCUGCGAUGCUUCUCGUGCGGCGAGCAGGGCAACCGGUAGGCUAUGCUUCAACACCCAAGUCCGAAAAUGAUACACCAUUGGGUGAUCUUGUGGAUGCGGUCGAUGUGGACAAGCGACUUGCGGAUGCGCGUCAUCGCCAUGACGAUUUCGAGGUGGGGGAAGAUGUGUGGGCCGUAUUGAUGCUGGAUGGAUUUUCUGCACGUGCGUAUAUCAAGUUGUCGGCUCGUAAAAUCGAUCCAAAUGCGUAUUGCCUUCAUUUUCCUUCCCACAUUCGUACCUCAGACGUCUCAAUAUCAAACAUUCGGUGCGGGUCUGUGGCAAGAUUUCAGACGAAGACGAUAUUCGACUGGAUUUCGAGGACUAAUCCUUCUCAACCAUGGGAGCAUAAUGAAGACGAGAUUGCUCUUUGA